AUGGCCCCAUUGCGCUUUCUCCAGGCGAACAUAAACCACUGCGCCAGAGCUCAGGAUCUCUUGCUCCAGAGCAUGGCGCGGUGGUCGAUUAAUAUCGCCGUGGUCUCCGAGCCGUACUUUGUCCCGCCCAGGAAUGACUGGGUGGAGGACCUGAGCGGCUCGGUGGCCAUCAUCGCGUCGGCCGCCGCCGGUACCCUGACCCACGAGCGGGUGAAGAGGGGCCAGGGUUGUGUCGCAGCUCGGUUCGGAGGGAUAGUCGUAGUGGGGUGCUACUUCUCUCCGAGCCGAACUCUCGCCGAAUUCCACAACUCCCUCAGGGAGCUGAGUGACGUCGUCGUCGAGUACGGUUCGCUUCCCGUCGUCGUGCUGGGGACUUUAACGCCAAGAGCCAGGCUUGGGGUUCCCGGUACACGGAUGUACGGGGGCGAAUGGUUGAGGACUGGGCCUUGGAGGUUGGCCUGGACGUCCUCAACAGCGGUUCCGUCGCCAUGUGUGUGCGGAUGCGGGGUGAGUCCGUGGUGGACAUUUCGUUUGCCAGCCCCGCAUUGUCGCAGCGUGUUGUCGACUGGCGAGUAA